AUGGCGACCUCAUCACCACCCGAUCUGCGGGUUCUUCUCCGCAAACUCAACGCUAUCAAGGAGCCUCAGCUUCUCCUUCAUGCGCUACCAUCUCUCAUCAACCAUGUGCUACACUGCAAAGAGGCCUUGUCAACGCCUGUAGACAUCAAGGCCAAGAAUGGCUCUUCUGAAGCCGCUACCCUCAUCCCCAAGCUCAAGUUGAAGAUCAGCAGCCUCUUGAUCGGGCGCACAACCCGUGAGUCUCGGUUCGUUGCCAUUGCUCUCAUCAAGACCAUGGUGGAUGUAGGUGGAUGGGAAGUCGUGCGAGAAUGCAAAGACUGGGCCAGCGGUCUUUUGGAUGUGAUCGAGAAAAAUGACCCAAUGGCUUCAAAGGAAUUGGCUAUUGUGACUCUUGCCCGUAUCUACAUCUUUGUUCAGCCAUAUCAAACUUUGUCUCGAGAGAUUGCUACGCCAAGUAUCCCGAGAUAUGUCACAGCCUGUCUCAAGCUCGUCAGCGCACCCCAGUCUGGAGAGAAGCUUCAGACACCUUUGUCUGUUAUUGAGACUAUUUGCGACACCCUCUCAGCUCUGGUCCCGCUCUACCCAACCACAGUUCGACCUUCCAGCUCCAAGCUCAAGAUCGCUGUCAAGCCUUAUCUCGCUCCUACGCAAUCAGACGAAAUUGUUAUUCCUCACACCCUGCAACGAGCUUCGCGAAAACUCGUCAUCUCGCUUCACCAUGUCGCAGCCAAGUCAGGAGGUAGUGACGAGUGGGCCAAGCUGAUUGACACUCUCCUGAAUGAAUUGCACUCUACUGCUGAUCAGGUUUUGAGAUCCGUUCAAGAAUCGUGGGAGGGAUCAAAUGGAUAUACUCGAUCGCAAGUCGGAGUUGACGGUGCACCAAAUGGAGGAGGCUCAUCUGCAAACGAGCUCCCCUCAUGGUCAGGUCUUGAGGCUGGCAGUGAACGUUUGAUUGGCUUGUUCCAAUAUCUUUCCGACUGUCUCAAAUACCCUACAAAGGUGCCUGUCACAAUACCUGCCAGCGCACUUAUUGAUGCUGCGUCCCGGCUAUUGCUUAUCGCUAGACUCUCGCCCAAGUCCCAAACAUGGGAGCAGGCCCUCCAGACCAAUGCUGCUAUUUCAAGGGACGAGAAGGAUAACCUCUGGGCAGCACUACCAGACAUUCACAUCUCUGCUCUGCACCUUAUCAAGGCUUUGUUCCAGCGUCUAGGACAAGAUUCAGUGGCCAUUGCUCCUGAGGCCCUUGACCAUAUCGUCCGAGUCUUCAAGUCGGGCAUCAACCUUCCCACCGUCCGAACGACCAGCUACACUGUCCUCAAGGAGAUCCUUACCAUCUCAGGUCCAACACUAUCAAAAUCCUCCGUCAGCAGCCUGGACCCUGUCUUUGGCGCUUGCUGUCGUGACUUGCAGCAGGAUGCUGGGUAUCUUAAGGAUAUCGAGAAGCAAGCGGCGUCUGGCACUGACAGCAAGAAGAACAGCAUCGCUGCCAAUGCUGAUCUCUUCCUCAACCCUCAGGUUAACGCUGUUGCCGUAAACACAUCUCUGGAGCUGGAGCACAAGGCCGCAGCUGUUGCUCUCCUACCCAUUAUUCUAUCACACCUACCACAGAGACACCUCAAGGCUGCCCUGCGAGGUCUUGUUGACCAGACAGCUAUUCUGACAAGCAACCGCGACGCCAUGGUCGCGAGCGUUCUCAACCCCUACAAGGACCAGCGAGGCCGAGUGUAUCCCAGCAUUCUUCCUCACCUUACUCAGCAAUUUCCUGAGGAUACAAGUCUUGAGAUCCUGCGCACCAACAUCCGUGCAGGUGCUCAGAGUUUGGCCGAGGGUGAGGAGCCGCUGGAGGCGCUCCCUGUUGAGGACGAGGAGGAUGAAGAAGAUGAGGAUCAGGAGAUGAAGGACAGCGAUGUCGACGAGGAAGAAAUGGUCCCUGAGAAGAAGGGUGACUUGUUCCAGCCCGGAACACUCCCCACAGCUCCACACGCCGAGAAGAACCUGCCCAUCCAAAGUAACCCCUUUGCUCCUAUCGAAAAGGCCAAUGCUUCAGAGAGCCAAAACGCCUUUGCGCGAGGAUCUUCACCGCCCAAGCGAAAGCACGAGGGCUCAGACUCUGCGCCUCCAAAGAGGCAGGUCUUGGAAAAGUCCUCGUCUCCUGACCGAGUACUCCCGGCACCUAUCCAAAGCGUUCCUGUUGUGGCUCAGGAAGUCGAAGAGGAGGACGAUGACGACGAUGAUGAGAGUGUUCAUCUGAAUAUGGAACUAGAAGACGACGACGAUGAUGAAGAGGAAUAG